GUGAGUACUUUACUUGAUCCUCCAAUUGUCAUUACCAUUUUAGCAACUGACCAUAACAUUGUCCUGUUUCAUCAGCUCUUAGCUCACAAGUCUCGUAUUCUCGGUGCCGUUGAGCCUUUUAACAUCAUUUAAGUUAUCAUCAUCAUGAAUCAUUUUCCUUUUGGUUUUAAAUUUUCAGCUCCAACCCCACCAGAAUCACCACGACACUUUGUUGAUGCACCAUUGGAUUUAACUUCAUCAAGCAAUUCACCUUCACCACCGACUCUUAUGCUAUCAUUGCCAUCAUGCUCAUACCAGGUGCCAUCAUUACCAUCAUGCUCUUAUCAAAUGCCAUCAACAUCAUUUAGUCAUUCAUCGCCAUCAACAUCCAACCCCAAGAAAAACAAAAAAUUUGAUGAUUUUGAAGAAAUCGCUACUCCAACAAAGCGGACCAAGAAAAACAUAAUUAUAAAUCAAACGGAUUCAAACCAAUCGGCCCCAUCGCCAACACCUUCAUGUGUAUCAUCUGUAUCGUCUACAAAGAAAAGAACCAAAGUUCCAGAUGAACUCAAAGACGAAGCUUAUCGCUUGAAACGGGACAAAAACAAUAUUGCUGCAAAAAAGUCUCGUGAUGCUCGACGAGCUCGAGAAGAAGAGACACAAGUGAAAGCUGAUACACUCGAACGUAUUGUACUUAUAUUAAAGACGGAAAACGAAAUGUUGCGACGCGAAGUGGAACAACUCAAGGGUUAUAGCAUGGACGAAGAAUAAUGUUAAUUGUAUUAACUUGAUUAAGGUUUCCUCAAUUUUUUGCCUUUUACAAAAUUAUCUCAUUUAUUACGAUGUCUUUCAACAAGGUCAACUUUUCUUUAACGUUCCAUUCACUUUUGUAUUGUUAGACACUUUUUUGUCUAACAAACUCUGGACAAUUGGAUAUUGCUCAAUUAUAAUAAAUAAUUUUUUGUAAAGUAUUUGUAUUGGUCAUUCACUAAUGAUUGAAUGCUCAAAAGCAAAUACUGUAUUUUGUGACCUUCAA